GGGACCACCCCCCCCACCUCCUCCCCCUUACCGGGACCCACCCCCCCUCACCGAGAACCGACGCCCGAUCCAGCCGCCGACCCCCCCCCAGCCUGGAGAAGGGGAGAAGGUGAAGGGAGACACCCCCGGAAUCGGAGAGACCCCCCCGGAACCGGCACCAUGCCGGCCCCACCGCGGCCCCUCCGCAGCGCCGCGCUCCUCCUCUCCAUCAGCCUCUUGGUCCAAAGUCGCCCCCAAACCUCCCCCCGCCCCCCCACCGAAUCCCAUCGGGGUGGGGGACCAGGAGGUCCCAGCCCCUUCCCGCCCCCACCCCCCGCCGAACCCCAUCUUGGGUUGACUAAACGUUCGGCAUCUUUGGGAAACCAUAAUGAGGUGUUGAAGGACCUGGAAGAACUUGGACGGCUUCGGGCCGAAGCUAAGAGGGAUCGGCAACGGGAUCGGGAACGGGAACGGGAUCGGGGUUGGCCGAGUUCCAGGCAACUUCGGCAACAGCAAAGCUUGGAGCAUCGGUUGUUGGAACGACGGUACGAAGAGUUGGCUGAAAGUCGGCGACAAGCCGAAGCGGCUCGCAAAGCGGCGGCCGAAGAAGAACGUUUGGCCGAUUUGGCAUCCGAUCUCCUUCUCCGGUAUCUUCUCCGUGGUCCCAGUGCUGCCGUAGCUGAGGAUAAGAGAUCGGAAGAGGCUGAGCCGGAUGAUGACUUGUCGGAUGGUGAUGGGAUCCCAUCGGAGAUCAACGAUGGGUUGGAAGUCAACGGGGGGUUUGAAGGCGAUGGCUUGGAGGGCAACGGGGGCUUGGAGGGCGACGGCUUGGAGGUCAACGGGGGCUUUGAAGGCAACGGGGGCUUGGAAGACAACGAGAUCCUACCAAGGGGCAACGAGAUCCUACCCAGGGGCAAUGAGAUGCCACCGGGGGCCAACGAGAUCCCACCGGGGGCCAACGAGAUCCCAGCGGGAUCCAACGAGAUCCCCCCGCAGGAUCCGGCCGACGUCGAUGACCUUGAUCCCGGCACCAUUGACCAGUUGAUCGAGCUUUCCAGCAAACUCCACCUCCCAGCCGAUGAUGUGGUAGACAUCAUCCAUGACGUCGAGCAGAAACGCAAGAAGGAAGCGGCCGUGGGGGCCCCCCCAAGGCUCAUCCACCCCCCCCGACCCCGAAUCCGACCCUUUCCCAUCUCCAAUCAUCUCUCGGCCCGGACUUUCCUACCGCCCCCCCGCCGACCCCCCCCACCUCUGCAGGAUCGGGAGCUGCAGAAUUAUCUGGAGAGGGUUUUGGGGGGACCCCCCCGGGGGUACCCGUGAUGGGGAGACACCCCCCCCAGCCUCUCCCCCCCAUCCCGCCUGCUCGGAUGUCCUCUUGUCGUCCCCCCGCCCCCCAUCCUGGGUUGCACCCAUUGCCCUGUGGCCACCAGUUUGGUCCUCCCAGUUAGCCCCUCCCAAUUAGCCCCUCCCAGUCCCAAUUGCAGAGUCGUGUCCCCCCCCCGCCCCUGUCUCCCCCUUUCAGCCCCGGAGCCCCCCCCAGUUCCAGCUCCAGUCCCCCCCCCACCAGCCCCAGAGCACCCCCAGUCCCAUCUCCAACCCCCAGAGCCCCCCCCCAACAGCUCCCAGUCCCUCCCAGUACCCCAUAGUCCCUCUGCCGCUGCCGUGUGACACCCCCCCUCGGUGGGGGGGGGGGCCGUGUAAAUAACCCCCCAAUCACUAAUUUUGCUAACGAAUAAAAGCGACUAUUUUAGUA